GUCGCCCCACUCCCUCCCGAUGCUAACACCGUCGGGCUUGGCUGUGGGAGCGUAAUGGCGGUGCACCGGGGACCCUCUACGAAAUGGCUCUUCACCCGGGAGCAGCUCGAAAACACACCGUCUCGACGCUGCGGAAUAGAGGCUGACAGGGAGCUCUCUUACCGCCAGCAGGCCGCCAACUUAAUCCAAGAUAUAGGCCAGAGACUCAACGUCUCUCAACUAAUUAUCAACACUGCUAUAGUAUAUAUGCACAGGUUUUAUAUGAUUCACUCCUUCACCAAAUUCCAUAGAAAUAUCAUUUCCCAGACCACGUUGUUCCUGGCAGCUAAAGUUGAGGAGCAGCCCAGGAAGCUGGAGCAUGUUAUUAAAAUAGCCCAUGCCUGCAUUAACCCACAAGAGCCUGCCCUCGACACUAAGAGCAACGCAUUCCAGCAGCAGGCACAAGAGCUUGUAGCACUGGAAACGGUAGUGCUGCAAACACUGGGUUUUGAAAUAACAGUUGAUCAUCCACACACAGAUGUUGUGAGGUGUUCCCAGCUAGUGCGAGCAAGCAAGGAUUUGGCACAGACUUCCUAUUUCAUGGCUACCAACAGUUUGCACCUCACCACCUUCUGCCUGCAGUACAGGCCCACGGUCGUCGCGUGUGUCUGCAUCCACCUGGCCUGUAAGUGGUCCAACUGGGAGAUCCCUGUGUCCACAGAUGGCAAACACUGGUGGGAGUACGUGGACCGCACCGUGACGUUACAGCUGCUGGAUGGUACGAGCUUCUGUCCUCUUUAUCCUCUUCUUGAACAGCUCACGCACGAGUUUCUUCAGAUCCUGGAGAAGACGCCCAGCAGGCUGAAGAGGAUACGAAACUGGCGGGCCAUUCAAGCAGCUAAGAAGCCAAAGACAGAGGGCCCGACAGUGGACAGUGCCUUCCAGGGGACGUCCUUAGAUAGCCUUCCUGGUGUCACCAACUCCUUCUUCCCCUCCACCUCCGCAUCAGACUCUGAUUCUUUGUCCUCCUUGAACUCCAUUGCAACCCCCUACGCCUCCUACCAGCCGCUCAGCGACCAGUUCUCCCAGCCUCCCCACUCAGACUUCACUCUGGUCAAACACGAACACAAAUCUGCGGGUGGGUCUAGCAGUAAACACCAGCAGCUCGGCGCGAACGCCGCGGCUUUUUCGCGGCCGCAGAAAGUCUUGACUUUGGAAAAGUACAGAGAGAAACACGCGGCGGAGCUGGCCUUGCAGAACGGCAUCAAGGAGGAUCCGAGCGCGGACGUCUACGCGCCUCCUCCACCUCUCUCCUCGCACCACCACAAGAAACGCUCUCAGCCACAGCAGGCCGGCCAGUCGGGUGACAGCAGGAGAGAGAAGGCCAGCUCUAAAAAACCUCGGCUGCCUGCUUCCUUCGCAGAGAACGGCUCCGCCACCAGCGAGGAGCUCAAGAUGAGAAUCAAAGUUUCAUCCGAGCGUCACGGAGGCUCGGAGCAGGGCGGGACUCUGCCCGGAAAAGACAAGCACAAAGAGCACAGCAGUCACCGCCACUCGAAACAUGGACACUCACACUCAUAUUCCCUCAGCGGGAACAGUAGAGGGACAAUAGACAACACCUCCCUAUCCCUACGAGCUCCCAGCAGCCACUGCAACGACGGGAGCUCCUCCGGCUCGUCUCGGAAGAGGCCCCACUCUGACGCCGGCAACCACAACCACCACCACCACUCGACCAAGAGCAGCAGGAGCUCCAAAGGAGGCCUGAGCUCAUCUCACUACUCAUCAGAGAGUGGCCAGAGGAUGAUGGAGCACCACGGCCACGACGGAACCAACGGCAUGCUGACCUCCAACGGCCAACACACCGACUACAAAGACACUUUCGACAUGCUGGACUCUUUACUAAGUGCCCAAGGAAUGAACUUGUAACCCUCAGAGAGCCCCCAGUGUUGUCUAGAAUAAGGUAUUCCCAUGUUUAAUAGAAUUUUAAAAAAUGAAUUUAUUUGUUUUAAGUUAUCUGAAUUCUGCAUCGCCCUCAGUCGUGUCUACACACUGAUUAUUGAUGAUUCUCUUUAAGCUGUCAGAAAUGUAAAAUUAUAUGCAUAGAGCUGUGUACUACUAGCUUGCAACAAAAAAAAAAAAAACGAGAAGUUUUAAGAAUGUGGCUGGAAAAAUCGAGUUUUAAACCUUAUUUUAACGCGAGCCGACAUUAUGAUUUUAACGUGCAUGUUUUCAGUCACAAAAGGGAAGACAUAGCUAGUGUUCGCAGCCAUUGUGACAGUUUACAGACAGUUUUUUUUUUUUUUUUUUUUUUUUUUGUAUGUUAAGACAUUAUGUUCCACUAAAAAUCUCAGGUCUUAAACUUUUUUGAUAAAAGAACGAAUCUUCCUCUGUUUGGGUUUAUUACCUGUAUCUGUGGAGACGUAUCGCCUCGUCCGUUUGCUGACGACGACGGCAGAGCUUUGGUCUCUGUCUUAGGAAACACGAUCUGCAUCAAUAGUUACAAAAAAAAACAACAACAACAAAAAAACAAAUACAAAUGGGAGCCCGACUCCAUUUGCUGUCUAUUUGCUGUCUA